AUGGUGAGUCCCUGCAGAGUUAGAUAUUCCGAUCGGAACCAAACUGCCUGACUUGGAUUGAAGUAUCUUGGAUCCGAAUCGAAUCUCCGGACCAGAUAAUCCGAAACUUUGACCCAAGAUACUUCAAUCCACUUUCUAGAACUAAAGUUUUUGGAUCAGAUCGGAAUAUUUACACAGUGUCCUCUUCAGAAGUGCUUCCUCUCUUUCCUUCUUCUCGUCGCUUUCGCGUCCGCUCAGUACGGACCGCAAUGCCCUCCGAACGAGGUGUUCCUCGAGUGCGGCACCGCCUGCGAGCCGGGCUGUGAACUUCCCCGUCCGGACAUUUGCACCCUCCAAUGCAUCGUCAACGUCUGCCAAUGCGCGCCUGGAUUCGUGAGGGGACCCGACGGAUGUGUGCUCCCGGAACAGUGCUACGGAUACUGA